AUUGCAUGCUGGUUCAGCUGGAGGUCUAUUUGCAAAAUCCAUUUUAGAAUUGACAGAAAUGGUAAUUGAUUUUUUCUGGUUGUAUUAUUUGCUGUAUCAUUCAAUUUCUUAAAGCUAUUUUGUGCUAGGUAAAAGUAUCUGUGAAGUGGUUAAUUUUUUGGAAACAUGAAAAUUCAUAUGUAAGUGAAUAAUCCCAGAUAUUAUGUAUACUCCACAGGAUAAGAAAUUUAAAUAAGUAAAAAAAAAAUGAAAAUUUUAGGAAAGAAAAAUAAAUGGUCACACAAACCUCAAGUAAUUUAUCCUCACUUUGAGCAUGACAGUUGAAGGUACCUGUCACCUACUGUCAGUGUUUAUACCUCCAGCUGAUCACAUCAUUUCAUGUCCUCCCUCACUGUCAAUGUAAACUGGGAGAAAUCAGGUUACACUCACAUUAAUCUAUUAAUGAUGUUUUCUUCCAGUGUUUUUACAGAAAAUCACAUGAUUCAUUAAUCAUUUGUACAUUUUCAUUGAUUAUCCUAUUGUUUACAUUGACAAUGGAGGUUUCUUAGCUUAAUACCUUAACCAGAAAGAAAGGAUGGGAGAAAUUGCUUGAAAGGAGCUGGUCGAUUAAAUCGGUUCUGGGGGCCUUGAGCUGUUGGUUGAGGGCAUGCCUCUUUCACACAUAUCACUGUGGCUUUAAAACAGACAGGUAGCUAGGAUACACACACAUAGAUAUCUGAACAUGUAUUAGGGUCACUUUUUUAAAUCAAAAUUGGAUGUGCUUAGAGAAACAUAAAAAUGUCAGGCUGUAUCGAUCCAGCAAUAAGCCAAUGUACAUGUAUAUACCAUAUUUAUCCAGCAAUAAGCUGACAUCUGUUAAUAAGCCCACAAUUCCACACAAAUGCUAUUAAACAAAGGCUAUUUCAUUGUCCUGUCUAAAAUCCUACCCCUUAUUUUGAAUGAAACCUCUGUUUCUUCCUGGGCUUAUUUCAGGAUAAAUAUGGGAAGUGAAAUAUAAUCUUUUGAUCUUUUGAAAUAAAACAAAAAAUAUGCAUAAGAUGACAGCUAUCCAAAUGCAUGUCAACAUCAAAACUGGGGAAUCGAGAUGCUGAUGCUGAACUCUGUACUCUCUCACUCUUUUUUUGGUUGUUUUUCUACUUAUUAUGAUAUUAUGAUCACAUGAUCAUAUUAAUUGUUUUAUUUCUGAGGAAUUUAAAACAAAUGAAAAUCAAAUUGUAUACUACAGUAUAAUCUAAAUGACACAGCUUUGAUAUAAAGAGACUCUGCAUGACUAUAUGUGCCUACACACACAUAACAGGUAUCAUACUGACACAUGUACCUGGUAUAUCCAAGUUGCAUGCAACAUCUGUACUGAUAUAAACCCAAAAAUGCAUGGGCGUUUAUCCUAAUGCUAGCUCAGGGGCAUAUACCCACUCACAAGCAUCAUAUUGGGAGUGUGACUGUUGAUUGGUGGGAAAAGUUCUAUCUGUAUUGAGAAAAAACUUAAUUAAUCUAGGUACCCAUACAUUGUAUACAAAAAAAUUGUACCUAAUGAUCAUGUCUUACACUUUGUUACCAUGAUUUUUUAAGAUAAUUUAAAGUUUUCAGGAAAUGCAAGUCAAGUAAUAUUAUAUAUUUUAUAAGUUUGGGACAUUUGAUUAAUUAGAUCAUUAAUAGUACAAUAAAUUGUGUAUAGAUGAGAACAGUAAGUUAUCUGAAUUGUUUGCCUUCUGGUGACACCUGGAAAGACCAUUCUUGUGUUGACAUGUAUAACUUCUGCUUUUGUUGAAACAUAUAUCUUCUAGAAACAGUUUGGUUCCCAUGGUUACCUGUACUGAAAGGUUUGCUUUUAUCCUGUAUAAUUUUUAACCAAUUUUGACAGAUGAAGUAUUUCUUCAAAUUCUUAGUCCAUUUUAAAUUUUCUGUCAAAACUGUGAAAAAAUAUUAAACAGAAUGAACAACCUUUACAUAUACAUUUGUUUCUGAAGUGCUUAUGUCUGCUAGACAUACCAGGUAUCUUCAGCUGUCUAUUACUCUGUCUCCAUAGCUAGAUUCUCCAUCCAGCAUCAACUCAUGCAGUUUAACUCAUAGGGAUGUCAUUUUGAACUUUUAGUGGUGUUAUUUUGACCUACAUUUAAAAACCAAAUUGUAAAGUAAGAAUGCUGAAAUGGCUAAUUGGGAACUAGCUAGUUGUGGUUGGUACAAUACAUUUGAAAUAGAAAGACAUGCCUAACUACUGUAAAUUGGUACUUGUAUUUCUGAAGUAUUUACAUAAUUGAAUUCUUUUCGAGAAGUUGGAAAUACAAUUACAGACUUCUUAACAACAGAACACAGAUCUUUUAAAGUGAAGUAAUUUUAGUAUAUUGACAUUUAAAAAAAAAAUUUUUUUUGGAAGAUGGGAACAUUUUAGGUGUGUUUAGAUGGAAAAACAGGGAAGCUACUUUAGCAGGAAAAGAAAUGUGAUCAAGUGUUAAUUUCUUCCAGUCAGGAACAUACAGAUAUGUUAGUUGAUAAUUAGGUCAAGAAAGGUCAAGGAACAUGACCUUUGGGAAGGAAAAGAAGAUUGUACACGAUGUAUUAUGUAUAAAGCCCACCCCAGAGAUGUACGCCACAGCGUAUGAGCAUUACAACAGGAGCCUCAAGAUGAUGUGUUUCAGCUCGUGGGUGCAGUAUUCUUUACAUAAGAAAAAAAAGCUGCAGAAGAUGUUAUUACAAAUGGAGCGGGCAGAGAGACAUCGUGCUCAGAAGGUGAUGAGGGUCCAUCUGGAUGAGUGGAAGGACUGGGUGAAGUACAGGAAAGGGUGCCAAGCCAUGUCAUAUCAGAAGAUAAAGAAGAUAUACCAUAUCUCCAUUGGAAAGGUCAUUUUCAAGGAGUGGCAUGAAACUACUGUUCGGGCUAAAAACCAGAGGGAGUACUUCGAGAUAAAUUUGAGGAAACUUGAACGUGGCGAGAAUAUGGAAGAUGAUGAAACCUUCGGCCAAGGAACAGGAGAAGCUCGGGAUAGCAUCUCACAUCUCCGAGACAUCGGGUUCGGCGAUCUGGCUGUCAAGAUCUUCAGCUUUGUAGACAUAGCUGACCUAGCGAGAUGUUCACGGGUUUGUCGGUCCUGGAAAGUCAUCACCCAGACACCCGCCCUGUGGAGUCGGCUGGACUUCUACAAAGUUAGAAACAGAAUGCUAUAUGGUGUCACCGACCAAAUAACGACCCGUCUCCUUGCAAAGUGUCGGCCGUACCUCAUCCACCUUAACCUCCGGGGCUGUGUCAAAGUCACAGAGCCUACCUUUGUCAGCAUCAGUGAGUGCCGUAACCUCCAGGACCUUAAUCUUUCAGAAUGUAAAGGACUUAAUGAUGAACACAUGAAGGUGGUUGCCAAAGGAUGUAAAAUUUUGUUGUACCUAAAUAUUUCUCGGACUUCUAUCACAGAUGCUUCUCUCAGAACUAUCUCAAAGUACUGUGCUAAUCUCCAGUUCCUCAGUAUGGCCUCGUGUCGCAAGUACACCGACAAGGGCCUCCAGUAUCUGUCAUCAGGAAAGAAUAGCAAGAAGCUGGAGUACCUGGAUCUCUCUGGCUGUCUACAGGUGACUCCCGAAGGUUUCCAGAACCUUGCCGCUGGCUGUACAAACAUGCAUACCCUUAUCCUCAAUGACUUUGCAACAUUAAACGAUGACUGCCUUAAACCUAUCACUGCCAAGUGCUUCAAGUUACAAAAUAUUUCUAUCCUGGGUUCCCCAUUACUUACUGAUGAAUCGUUCCGACGUUUGGCUCAGCGUGGGAAGCUAAAGAAACUCCGAAUUGAGGGUAACCACAGGAUUUCUGACCAGAGUCUGAAGGUGAUUGGGAAGAAUUGUACCCAGUUAGAGCACAUCUAUGUUGGGGACUGUCAGAAACUGACUGACCUGUCACUGAAGGCCCUCAGUAACUGUAAAAACCUGGUCGUGUGUAAUGUGGCAGAUGUUGUCAGAGUAACAGACAGUGGAGUAAAGGGCCUGGUAGAAGGGCCAGCCACACAAAAGAUCCGUGAGCUCAACCUUACCAACUGUAUCCGAGUGGGGGAUAUGUCACUGAUUGCCCUCAGAAAGUGCCACUCGCUGACCCACCUGAGUGUGUGUUAUUGUGAACACAUUGCGGAGGCCGGAGUGGAACUACUGGGUCAGAUACACAGCCUCACCUCCAUUGACCUAACAGGCUGUAACUGUGGCGAUAAUGGGUUAUCUGCUCUUGGAAACAACACUCGCCUGAAGGAUGUGACCUUGUCAGAGUGUACCUCUAUCACAGAUCUGGGUCUACAGAAGUUUACCCAGCAGUGUAAGGAUAUCGAGCGUCUGGACCUGUCUCACUGUGUGGGAAUAACAGAUGGUGCAAUUAAGAACCUGGCAUUUUGCUGUAGAAUGUUGAAUGUUCUGAAUGUGGCUGGAUGUAAGCUGGUGACUAACCUGAGUAUCCAGUACCUGUCUGGAGUAUGCCACUACAUGUAUAGCCUUGAUAUUAGUGGCUGUCUCCUUGUCACAGAAAAAGCCUUAAAGUAUCUGAGGAAAGGAUGUAAAAAGCUGCACAGCCUGACUAUCCUAUAUUGUAAAGGAAUACCCAAAUCCUCUGCACAGAAAAUGAUGCGGAGCGUAGAGGUGGUUAAGUACAGUAACGAUGACAUCCCACCAUACUAUGGUUAUGUUGGAUGAAAAAAGUCAAACCCUGGACCAGACAAGACACCCAGUUAUUGACAUGUUAUUGACAUGUAUAUGAAUAUACUAUGACAAAGUACAAAGACUGCUAGCACAGUAAUGACUGGAUACCCUGGUUAGUGUUACCAGUCGACUCCGCAGCAGACCAAUGUCUGUACAAUAGUCUGUGAUAGUCAUCUCUGUAUUUCACGUCGGAUGACAACUGUGGCACCCACAUCCACUUCAUGUACCGACAUAUAGUCUUCAUCAGGAUAGUAAUAUUCUGUAUGGGACAGUAAGGUACAGAACGUCACUACUGACGGAACGUCACUGCUGAAAUCUUUCUGAUAUAUAAUAUCUCAUAUCAUUCCGUUAUAUAUAAUAUCUCACAGUGUCUUGGAAUCUUUUCCAUUUUUUCCCCAUAUUUUGUUUGAUAUCAAAAUGCAAAGCAGUAAUUAUGAUAUGAUUAUAAGACAAACACUUCUGCUUUGAAGCCAAAAAGUCACACAGAGGCAGAUAUCAGUAUUUAUACAGCACUACCAAUUAAUGGAACAGCGAGUUGUAUAUUUAUAAGUACCUUGUGAUACACCGUGGGACCUUACGGAACAGUGAGUUGUAUAUUUAUAAAUACAUUGUGAUAUACGCUGGGACCUUACGGAACAGUGAGUUGUAUAUUUAUAAGUACAUUGUGAUACACGCGGGGACCUUACAGAACAGCGAGUUGUAUAUUUAUAAGUACCUUGUGAUACAUGCUGGGACCUUACGGAACAGUGAGUUGUAUAUUUAUAAGUACCUUGUGAUACACCUUGUGAUACACCUUGUAAUAUACAACCUGUGCCUUCAUUAGUUAUAACUGCUGUAAAUUGACUAGGUAAAUGCACCACUCAUUGAUGUAUCCUAACUCAUGUAACAGCACCAAUCCUUCUUGAAGCAACCAAAGGAAGCAAUGUUCCAAUUAUGUUAAAGAUAUUGGUGUCAUUUGGGAACGCAUUUAAAAUAAAAUCAAAUACAAAA